GAUACAGAAUAGUAGCCGGUGUAGUUUUGUCGCGUGCUCCUAUUAUUCUUAGAGAUCCACACCCCUUUGAACGUGAAUAUUAUUUAUAUCAGCAACGAUUAGAACAUAUACAUUCUCCUCCAUUUCCCGUGGAUUUUUAUUUUAAAAAGGGUAGCGUAGCAGAAAAAAAGUGGAGAGAAAAAAAGGAAAGAGAAAAAGCAGAUGCAUUAUUAGCGUUUGGCUCUCGAAAAACUGAAAAUAAAGCGUCUUUUGACAAAACAACUAGUGCGAAUGAUGCUAUAGAUUCAAGUGAUGUUUCAACAGAGGAUGAAGAGAUAAAAAUUGCUA